UCUGCCUCCAUCUGCUCAUCUGCUCAUCUGCCUCCAUCUGGCCAUCCGCACAUCCCUCCUCGCUGUCGAUCCAGAGCCACAAUGGUCUUGGUGCUUGUUAUCGGAGAUUUGCACAUCCCUCACAGAUCGGUCGAUCUGCCGGCCAAGAUGAAGAAGCUACUUGUCCCCGGCAAAAUCCAGCAAAUCAUCAGCACCGGCAAUCUCUGUACUCGCGAGACUCUCGACUAUCUGCGCACCGUCGCUGGCGAUGUCGUCUGUGUCCGUGGCGACUUUGAUGAAGACUCAACCUUCCCACUCACACAAGUGAUUCCGUACGGCCCCCUGCGAGUCGGUCUGAUCCAUGGACACCAGGUCAUUCCCUGGGGCAACCCGCAAGCGCUCUCGAUCGUCGCCCGCCAACUCGACGUCGACAUUUUGAUCUCGGGUCAUACCCACAAGUUCGAGGCUUACGAGUACGAGGGACGCUUCUUCAUCAACCCAGGCUCGGCGACCGGCGCCCUGCCUGGACUGACCCUGGGCUCGGCCAGCGAGAAGAGCCCUGUUCCCACCUUUGUGCUGAUGAAUCUCCAAGGCGUCAACCUUGUGCUCUAUGUCUACCAGCUGAUCGAUGGCGAAGUCAAACUGGAGAAGCUGGAUUUUUCCAAAAAGCUUUACGACUGAACGGGGACGGGCUGGCUGUUUGUGGGUCUUGGCCGUGUCCGCUUUUGAACCGGUCAUGUUAAUCUCUCGUAGCGGGUGCUGCCGCUUAUUCUUGAAUCUGCUCUUGACCAACUUGGCUUGUCCGGGCCAGGCAUUGCCCGGAUUCCAGCUCGCCCUCCCAGCGACUCUGGAUGUAAAAUAUUGGCGGCGCUGCCAGCACCUCCUUCGAGCUAGCCUUCUUUGAGUCAACCUCGGGCGAAAUGUCCCUCCUCUGGUCCUGCCUCUGCAAUAGAGCUCCUUACAGAAUGCCUGGUGUUGCGCUGUCAGAUAUGCGCGCAGUUGGACUAUGUGGUGCCAGCUGUUGUCGACGUCCUGCAUGCUCGACCUGCCGUUGUUGAUAUGACCUGUUGGUGCUGGAUGCCAUACGACC